GAGGAGGUUGGUGCUGAGGACACACACAGAGAGAGAGAGAGAGAGAGCUUUGGUAAAAAGUCGCGUGAUAUAUCAAAAAAAGCUGCUCGACUUUCACGCAGAUCAGCACGGACACUUGGAUAUAAGGAAGAAACUUCUCAUCUUUUUUUUUAUCGUCAGUGUAAUUAGUCGCUCCAAGUCGACAGUGGUUCAUUGAAAGCCUCUCAGUGGGAGCUUUGAGGAGAAUAUUCUGUGGAGAGCCUGAAACGAGAGGGAGGUCGCUGGGAUGCUGCUUCCCCGCGCGCUCCGCUCCGCGCUGUGCGUCCUGUGCUGCGCGUGGCUGCGCACCGGAGCGGCCUCGCGCCUCAAGUCUCCAGCUCUGCCCAUCCAGUCAGAGAGAGAGCCGCUGCCGUUCAAAGGCCUGUCAGGAUGCUCAUUUGGAGGUCGUUCCUACUCUCUGGCGGACACAUGGCACCCAGAUCUGGGGGAGCCCUUCGGUGUAAUGCACUGCGUCCAGUGCCUUUGUGAACCUCAAAAGAGUCGUCGUGGAAAGGUGUUUGGGAAGGUCAACUGCAAGAACAUCAAACAGGACUGUCCCAACCCGAACUGUGACCAUCCCGUCCUUCUGCCAGGGCACUGCUGUAAAACCUGCCCUAAAGUUGAUGGUGACACGAAGCAGACGGACGCCGUCCUGGACAACUUUGAGUUUUUCCAUGAGAAGGGAAAAGACAAGGAGGACGACCUCCACAAAUCUUACAAUGACAGGUCGUACCUGAGCUCUGAGGACAUGGGCCCCGGGGAGAGCCGCACUGACUUUGUAGCCCUGUUGACAGGGGGGACGGACUUGGGGAGCUCCAGUGGUGUUGCCAGAGCUCGCUUCUCCCUGACCAGAACCAGUCUGGCCUUCUCCAUCACAUUCCAGAGAAUGGACCGUCCCAGUAAGAUACUCUUCUUGGAUUCAGACGGGACCACUGCAUUUGAGUACAGGGUCCCCAAGGGACAGUUGGACAUGAUCUGUGGAGUCUGGAAGAACCUGGCUAAGCCUCUCAUGCGACAGCUGCAGUCUGAGCAGAUGCGCAUCCGCAUGACCACACCAAUGAGCAGACGGGAAGAAGUGGAGGGGAAGAUCAUCAAACACAGAGCUCUGUUUGCUGAGACAUUCAGUUCAACGCUGACGUCCGAGGAGGAGAAUUCAGGCACGGGAGGCAUCGCCAUGUUGACACUGAGUGACACGGAGAACAACCUGCACUUCAUCCUCAUUCUGCAGGGCCUCAUCAAACACAAAGACAAAGAGCCCCUCUCGGUGCCCAUCCGUGUCCAGCUCGUGUACCGCCAACACAUCCUCAGGGAGAUCCGAGCCAACAUCACCUCUCAUGAUCCAGAUUUUGCCGAGGUGCUGACAGACCUGAACAGCCGCGAAUUAUUCUGGUUAUCUCGCGGUCAGCUGGAGAUCGCCGUGACGACCGAGGUUCAGGAUCCCCGGCAAAUCUCUGGCUUCAUCACCGGCAGGAAAUCUUGUGACACUAUUCAGAGUGUGAUGUCCAGUGGCGAUGCCCUGACCCCGGGGAAGACCGGAGGUGUGGGAUCUGCCAUCUUCAACCUCCAUGAUAACGGCACGCUGGACUACCAGGUUCAGGUUGCAGGUCUCACCAGCGACGUGGUCAGCCUCACUAUCGAGCUGAAGCCGCGGCGUCGCAACAAGCGCUCUGUUAUUUACGACUUGACGACGGAGUACAACAAGGCCUCGGGCCAGGCGGUGGGCAGCUGGAGUCGCCUGGAGGCGCGACACAUCCACAUGCUGCUGCAGAACGAGCUGUUCAUCAACGUGGCCACGGCACACAGCCAGGAGGGGGAGCUGAGGGGGCAGAUAAAGGCUCUGCUCUACAGCGGCCUGGAGGCACCCAGACAUGAGUUGCCCACCCCUCUGGCCGGCCACUUUGUGUCCCCACCAGUGAGAACCGGUGUCUCUGGCCACGCCUGGGUCUCAGUGGACAAACAGUGUCACCUGCAUUACGAGAUUGUCGUCUCGGGGCUCAGCAAGGCCGACGACCUCACCGUGAGCGCCCACCUCCACGGGCUGGCUGAGAUCGGAGAGAUAGACGACAGCAGCACCACGCACAAGACGCUGCUGACCGGCUUCUAUGGAUCACAGGCUCAGGGGGUGUUAAAGGACAUGAGUGUUGAGUUACUGCAGCACCUGGACCAGGGAACAGCCUUCAUCCAAGUCAGCACCAAGCUCAACCCCCGCGGAGAAAUUCGAGGACAGGUCCAUGUGCCAAACAACUGUGAGUUUGGGACCAGAGGGGAUGUGGAGGAGGCUGAGUUUGACGACCUGUUUGUGAAGGACCCGGAGGAGCUGAAGAAAGACCCGCAUACCUGCUUCUUUGAGAACCAGCACCAUGCUCACGGCUCCCGCUGGACACCCAGCUACGACAAGUGUUUCACCUGCAGCUGCCAGAAGCGAACGGUGAUCUGUGAUCCAGUCAUCUGUCUGGUGUUGACCUGCUCCAAAACCAUCCAGCCUGAAGACAAGUGUUGUCCUGUCUGUGACGAGAUGAAGGACCCUAAGGACAUGAAAGCUCCGGAGAGAGUGGAGGAGCAUCCCGAAGGUUGUUACUUUGAAGGAGACCAGAAGAUGCAUGCCCCAGGAACCACAUGGCAUCCCUUUGUUCCUCCCUUUGGCUACAUUAAAUGUGCUGUCUGCACUUGCAAGGGAUCUACAGGGGAGGUGCACUGUGAGAAGGUGACGUGUCCCCUGCUGACCUGCAGUCACCCUGUGAGACGUAACCCGUCCGACUGCUGUAAAGAGUGUCCAGAGGAGGAGAGGACGCCUGCGGGGCUGGAGCACAGCGACAUGAUGCAGGCAGACGGCCCGAGGCACUGCAAAUUUGGCAAGAACUAUUACCAGAACAGCGACAACUGGCACCCCUGGGUACCGCUGGUGGGCGAGAUGAAGUGCAUCAACUGCUGGUGUGAUCACGGUGUGACCAAGUGUCAGAGGAAACAGUGUCCAGUGCUGACCUGCUCCAACAUCACCCGCAGAGAGGGCUCAUGCUGUCCUGAAUGUGCUGAUUCCAAAGAGGAGGACGAUCUGGUGAUGAAAGUUCCAGACAAAAGACGGACCUGGAGACACUGAUCUGUGGGGAGACCAAAGAAAAAACCCCUGAACCCGUAACUUUUACCCAUCGAAGUCCCCUCGUCCCAGAUGGACACACACCCAGAGCCAUACUGGAUCUCCCCACCUGCCUCCCCCUCCCCACACCCACCCAGUUAUCAGCUUCAGGAUUGUAA